AUGAACGCUCGUCGACGAUCUAUGGAUAAAUGGAUCGAUGACAAGGAAGUCCAAAUGACAGCCUCAACUUCCUCUCCAGUACAUAGUCUGGAGACCUCUCCUCCCAAUCACAAUGUGCACAAUACAUCUCAGAUCAAUGAACAUUGCACUCAUCGGUCUGUUCACGACUCUAUACCGACUACCCAAAUUCCUGAUGUCUCAGACUCGGUGCUACGUCGAAUCCCGCCUGGUCAUAAUGUUGCCCCAUCUUCCCUGGAGCUUGCACCGUCUCCACCGCCACCCAGACUGACGCCCGAUCCCACCAUCACCUUCAAUCAUAAUGAUGUUCAUUUGAAUGCACCUUGUUUGGUCAGUGAACACGAGCAUACUUCACUGUCAGGAGGUUUGUUGAUAUCUUCCACUGACUCUGCAGCUCUACAAACCCAGUUGCUUGGUCACGUGCUUGUCGGCGGGCAAAACGCCAUGUUGUUGUCACACAGCUUAGGUCCCAAUCCUGAAAAGUCCAUCGCGCAGCCGAUAUCUACCUCCGGACUUUCAUGUAUGUCGUCCAAUCUGUCUAAUAUGAAACCCACAUUGGAUUCACUUUGUGACCCGCCAACGUUGUCCCCAUCCGACUCACAUUUACCCCCAUCUCAGUUGGACUCAAUUCACGAGACUCAUCCAAUUCACACUAUAGCAAUUGGAUCGGUCUCAGAUGCCGUCUGCGCCGCGAACAACGUGCUCCCUUCGGCCUCUACCCUUAUAGGACACGAUCGUCUUGGGCUAGACAGCAUCGGACAUGUAAGUGUGUCCACUGCACUCGCUUCCUCUUCGGCGGCACGUACUGUAUUGACUAUGCACCCGAAACAGGAGGAUCUGGGUCCCGGUCUUCUGACAACCACGACUACUUUAAAUUAA